AUGUUCACCACGCUCUCCGAGAUCUCCGAUCUCACCCCGGAACAUGCGGCCUCCGUGGUCCCCUCGUGUGAUGCGGUCCCCCAGGCGAGCAGGCCCGUGUGGACGCCGGGCCUCCUGCGAGUGGAUGGUGGAGAUGAUGGGUGGCGCUCCGUGUCGCCAGGGGAAUGUGAUGUCAACAAGAUAAGCCUUGCAUAUGCUGCUCACGUCAAAACCACACUCGAAACACUUAAUGUGGCCAAUAUCUCCACGGACUCCAAUAUCCUUGUGCUUGACCAGACAACAGAGGAGGCAGGUGAUGAGAUGAGGACUCUAGUCUGCACACCUGUCAGGAAUGGACGCGAGGGCAAAGUUAUAGGAGUGUGUCAGCUUGUCAACAAGCAGAGUGAGGGAGCCUGCAGGGCGGAAGUGUUUGGCCGAGCAGAUGAGCGCCUCCUGGAGGAUUUUUCCCUGUACUGCGGCCUGGGCCUCCAGAACUAUGAAAUUCAACAGAAGGCACAGUUGACCAGGGCUCAGCAGGAAGUGACACGAGAGGUUUUGUCCUACCACAUGUCUGCAUCAGAGGACGAGAUUAUGACCUUGCAGGUGAAUGACCUGUUUGAAUAUACAGAGUCCUCCAUCCCCUCAGCACAGACCCUCUCCCUUCUGGACUUCAGCUUCAGUGAUUUUGGCCUGCCAGAUACAGUCACGACACAGGCAACAGUCCGCAUGUUUCUGGACCUCAAUCUAGUGCAGGACUUCAAUAUUGACUACAAGAGUCUGUGCCGCUGGGUCCUGAGCGUGAGGCGCGGCUACAGGCGGGAUGUGGCCUAUCACAACUGGCACCAUGCCCUCAGCACUGCCCAGUGCAUGUUUGCCAUGGUGAAGGCAACGAGUCAUCUGCAGAAACAUUUUUCAAGUCUGGAGAUUUUGGCUCUGAUGAUUGCCACCCUCUGUCACGAUCUUGACCACAGAGGAGUCAGCAACUCUUACAUAGCACGGAGCCAGCAGCCUCUUGCUCAGCUUUAUGGCCACUCGUCAUUGGAACAUCAUCACUAUGACCUGUGUGUCCUAAUCCUCAACAACCCAGGUAGUGAGAUUCUGAGUGGUUUAUCUCAGGAGGACUAUCGACGAUGCCUGCAAAUGGUUGAGAGAAGCAUUCUUGCCACAGAUCUGGCUCUCUAUAUGAAGAGGAGAGACGCGUUCUUCCAGCUAGCUGAGAGAGAGACUCUCUCCUGGCAUGAUCAGGAGCACAGAGAGCUGCUGAGCUCGAUGCUAAUGACGGCGAGUGACAUCUGUGCUAUCACAAAGCCUUGGCCCGUUCAGAAGAGGACUGCCAGUCUUAUUACUUCAGAAUUCUUUGCCCAAGGGGACCGUGAGAAAAAUGAAUUCAACAUCAGACCCAUUGAUGUGAUGAACAGAGAGAACAGCACUCGUGUACCGCAUAUGCAGAUGGAAUACAUUGACGGGAUUUGUGCACCCUUGUACAAGGCUCUUGCUGGAAUGUUCGACUCUUGCAAUCCAUUAUUUGAGGGCUGCAUGAAAAAUCAUGAAAACUGGCAGCGCAUGGCACAGGGAGAAGAGGACGAGGUGUUUGAUGCUGGAGAGGAAUGA